CCAAAAAGCCUUGCAUGUCUAGGAGUCGGUAGAGUAGUUACCACCUAACGGGUAAGCCUUGUUGAGUAUUAGUAUACUCAGCCUUGCUUGUGGCUUUGUUUUUAAGGUGAUGUUGUUUGCUUGGUUGCUAGUGUAACUCGGCCGUCCCAACUCCCUCCGGGUUGGACUGUCGAGUGGGACCCGUCCUCGGUCGGCGAGGAUCGUGGUGGUUGAUAUCAUGGCAGGCUUCACUAUGGUAUUGUGUACCGAUGUUAGACUAUCAUUUUUUCGCUUCUUUCAAACUCUGAAAACUUUACCUUUUAUACUUUUAAACUCCUGAGUUGUAACAACUGAAAUUGGGACAUGUAAUGAUUAUAUGGAUUGUUGUAAUCUUUGGACUCGUCCUCGUGCAAGUAUGCUUUGCUUCGAUCCGAGACAAGUGGUUUUAUUGGGUGAAACUCGACGGACUGCCAUUUUAAUUCGAUUAAAGUGACCAUUCGCAUAUGAGGUGACGUUGAGUACACUUUAGCCGGGUUAAUCUGGGCAGCUCCACCACAGCAAGAGUUCCUAUAGGGGCUGUAGCUGGUUUAGAGCAUCAACUCCCUCGGGCCCCUGGAGGCAGGGUCGGAGCACGUGGUGGCGGAGGGCGUGGUCGCUGGUCCAUGACCGCCUCAACCAGUGGAGGGAGAGUGAGUGGAGGACGUGGAGGAGGCAAAGGUACGCGUGGAGGCAGAGGUGGUAGCCGUGGGGGAGGCAAAUUGGGAGGAGGACGUGGUGCAUCUUCCUCUGGAGGCCAUAACUAUGAGAAUCCACUGGAUGUUGAUGCCGGUGAUGAAGAAGAUGACAAGGCCUCUGAAACACCCUCCCAGGAAGAAGAUGAGUCCGAGGAUGAUCAAUGGGACGAAGAGGACGAUGAUAGAGAUAAAUAUGAUCGAAGAGUAAAAGCCUACAUAUUGGAGUGUAGGAAGAAGAAGAGAAAAAUCAUAACUAUUGCUGCUGCCAUAUUGGGUAUGUACCACUUUGAAACUGAUAUGAAUAAAGCAGAGUAUAGAGUAGCAACAUAAAGUGGAUUUGAAUGGGUCAUGAGACACUAGGAAAUAGCACAUCUGCUUCAAUAUGUUUAGUUAGAGUCAAGAUUUGUUUCUGAGGCUGCAUAGUUUGCUAGUUGAAUCAUAUGGAUUGAAGUCAACUAAGAGGAUGUCAUCUAUGGAGGCUUUAGGGCUGUUUUUAUGAAUAUGUGGUGCACCUCAAUCUCUUAGACAAGCUGAAGACCGUUUCACAAGAUCACUAGAGACAAUAUGUAGAAAGUUUGAUAAAGUACUAGAGAGUGUGAACAAGCUAGUAGUUGACAUGAUUGAGCCAAAGGACCCUGAGUUUAGGAAUGUGCAUCCUAGGUUGCAAUGCCCUCGGUUCACACCCUUCCUUGACAAUUGCAUUAGAGCAAUAGAUGGUACUCAUAUUCCUGUAGUAGUGCCAACUACCAAGGUAGUACAACAUACGGGAAGGUAUGGAUAUACGAGUCAGAAUGUCAUGGCCAUAUGUAACUUUGAUAUGAGGUUUA